CUCAGACACGCUCCUUUUGCAUCACAACCUCACCCUGCCUCUCGUAAACCUCCUCCCCAAAACCCCACGCAGUCGUCAUCAUGAAGGUGGUUGACGCUGUGAAGAAUGACGUCCGCACGGAUGUGACCUGGAAUAAGCUCGGCCGGCUUACGACCAAGGCGGCGAAGGCCUUCCCAUCUGCCUCGGCGCGAUACAUGAUCGACAAGGUGCCUAUCGUGGGCUGGCUGCCAAGAUACAAUCCCCGAUGGCUCAUCAACGACACCAUCGCCGGCUUGACGCUGGGUCUCAUGCUUAUCCCGCAGGGCCUGUCCUAUGCCUCCCUGGCCACAAUCCCCAUCCAGUACGGCUUGAUGUCGAGCUGGUUUCCAUCAGCCCUCUACGCGUUCAUGGGGACCACGAAAGAUCUGUCUACCGGGCCGACGUCGCUUAUAGGGCUCCUCACAUCGGACAUCGUUGAGUCCUUCGGUGAGGAUUCACCGUACUCGCCUCAGCAGAUCGCGUCCGCGGUUGCCAUAUCAAUGGGUGUAUUCGGCAUGAUCUUGGGGUUCCUGAAACUCGGCUUCCUGUUGGAAUUCAUCUCCAUCCCCAUCAUCACCGGCUUCAUCUCAGCUGUGGCCAUCACGAUCCUACUCAACCAGAUGGGCUCUCUACUCGGCUCGGACAUUUCGUCAGAUGGUGCUGCCAGUCAGAUACAUGAUGUAUUCGCCAACCUUGGUGGUGCGAGUGGCCUCACGUGUGCCAUCGGCUUCUCAUGCAUCGCCUUCCUGACCAUCCUCGACAAGGCUGGAAAGCGGUGGGGCGAUAAGAACAAGGUCGUCUGGCUCCUCUCCAUCCUCCGCGCAUUCCUGGCCUUGGUUCUCUACACGGGCAUCAGCUACGCCGUGAACCAUAAUCUUGGUGAUGAUGACUACCUGUUCAAGGUCGUCAAGGUGAAGUCCAACGGUCUGGAGACGCCUCAAAUUCCUUCGAUGGAUCUUGUCAGCCAGACUUUCACUAAGAGCAUCACCGUUUUCGUCGGCGCAGCUAUUGAGCACACAGCUAUCGCGCGGGCCUUUGGUGUGAGGAACGACUAUAUUCCUGAUCAGAGCCAGGAGCUCUGUUACUUCGGAGUUUGCAACUUCUUCAACAGCUUUUUCCAUUCCAUGGGUGUCGGCGGCGCCAUGUCGAGGACAUCAGUCAAUUCAUCCUGCAAAGUCAAGUCACCACUGUCAGGCUUUGUCACAACCGCCAUCAUCCUCGUAUCCAUCUAUAAGCUAGUGGGCCUCCUUUACUGGAUCCCUAAGGCAGCUCUCGCAGCUAUCAUCAUUUGCGCCGUGUGGCCCCUGAUCUAUCCACCGUCGACCUUCUACCGCUUCUGGAAGACGUCGCUCGCCGACUUCAUCACCUCAAUGCUGGCUUUCUGGAUCACGUUGUUCUACUCGACCGAGUUCGGUAUCUUCAUUCCUGUCGCUUUCAACAUCGUAUACCUCAUUCUGCGCCAAACAUUUACGUCCAUCACCGCAUCUGCCGUACCCCCCCGCUCCGAAUUGGCCUCUUCCCUCGAUGCUGCCCGCGGAUUGCCGCCGUCGCACGUUGCCGAUCAGAUGAUGAUGGAUGUCCACGUCUUCCGAUUCAACGAGUCUUUCUACUUUCCCAACUCGCAUCGCCUGACCGCACGCAUCCUAGACUCGGUCCAGACUCACCAUGGCCCCGUCUACAAUGGUUCCGGGGGCCCUGAGAGGGAGAGGAACUGGUCUGUAGUGGCUGAGAAGCGCAUUAACCGCCUUCGGAUUGCCGCUGGUGUUACCGAUGCCUCGGCGCUGCCACCCAUUGGCCUGGUCGUUCUUGACUUCGGGAGGGUCAAUCAUAUUGACAUUACCGCUGUGACGCAUCUCAAGACUCUGACUGCCGAGAUCUACAAGUAUGGUGGCAAGGGUGUUGAAUUCCGUUUCGUCGAUAUGAGCCCUUAUGUGCGCGAGAGGUUUGAGAGGGCGGGCUGGAGGGUCGUUGACGGUGGCGUGCCGCUGUCCCUUUCCGAAGCUGAUGAAGCCAAGCAGACCAGGCUGUUCAACUCGGUCGCUGAGGCCGUCAUGGCGCCCAGGAUGAGGGACCAGUAUUUCGAGGAGCAAUACCUCGAGAAGUCAGACACGGUGAACACGCUGAAGCCGACGGCUUCUUAUAUGGAAGAUGCUUAAGAAAGAUCUGUCCGGGGGCAGGCGCGCCAUUGAUGGAACGGAGAGAUGGAACAUACGGCGCUGAGAAGGUGCUGGCUCAUCCAUGUGAGCGCACGGGCAUGUUCCUGUUGUUUUCAGGCUUUUUC